UGUGACGUCAUCACCAAGCGUCCAGAGUACGCGCAAGUAAAUACUUCCGCCGUGUAGCAAUGGACUCAAACAAGGACGAAGCAGAGCGUUGCAUUAAAAUAGCUCUAAACGCAGUCAGCAACAACCAACUAGACAAGGCCAGGAAGUUUCUAGAGAAAGCCGAGCGUUUGUUUCCGACGGAGCAGGCCAAAACCUUGCUGGAGAGGUUGUCGCAAAAUGGAAAGCCUCCGGACGAGCAUGGCGGAACUGUUAACGGAGAAGGACCCACCAUGAGACACCGACACCACAGAGAAGAGGCAGAAACGUCCGCACAGGGCCACGCAGAAUCAGCAAAACCUUACACCGCAGAACAGCUGGAGGCGGUCAGGAAGAUUAAAGGCUGCAAAGAUUACUACCAAAUCCUCGGCGUAGAAAAGACAGCAUCUGACGAUGAUCUCAAAAAAGCCUACAGGAAGUUGGCGCUGAAGUUCCACCCUGAUAAAAACCAUGCGCCUGGCGCCACGGAGGCAUUUAAAGCCAUCGGAAACGCGUACGCCGUGCUGAGCAAUGCUGACAAACGGCGGCAGUACGACCAGUAUGGGGAGGAGAGGUCGCACCCGAGCAGACACAGGCAGCACCGCGACUUUGAAGCGGAUAUUUCACCAGAGGACCUUUUCAACAUGUUCUUUGGUGGAGGAUUCCCAUCAAGUAACGUACAUGUUUACAGAAAUGGAAGAAUGCACUUCGCACACCAUAAUAGGCAAGAAAGACGAGAGCAGCAGAGAGAUGGAGGUCUCGCUCUGUUUGUCCAGCUGAUGCCCAUCCUUAUUCUCAUCCUGGUGUCUGCUCUCAGCCAGCUGAUGGUCACGCAGCCUCCCUACAGCCUUAGCUACCGCCCGUCGGCUGGGUACAUUCACAAAAGGCAUACGUCCCACCUGAAGGUGCCUUUCUAUGUGAGCGAGCGCUUCAGUGAAGAAUUCACCGGAACGAACCUGAAGAACCUGGAGAGGACGGUAGAGGAGGACUACAUCUCCAACCUCAGGAACAACUGUUGGAAGGAGAAGCAGCAGAAGGAAGGCCUCAUGUACCGCGCUCGCUAUUUCGGCGACUCCGAGCUGUACCAAAGGGCGCAGAAGAUGGGAACUCCCAGUUGCAACCGGCUAUCUGAGAUUCAGGUCAUACUGGAUGGAUAGAUGACAGACAGACGUAGAUGGGUUCUUUGGUACUUGAAUCAUUUUUGGAGGACUCGGUCUGGAGCCCAGCCACCACUCGGAGUGUAUUUGUGCCGCAAACCAAGAGAAGAAAAAGACGCCUUCCGCACCGCCGUGGGCGGCACACCUCAUCAGGGAAGCCACUCUCAGCUUCCCCGUCGUCCCGUCGAUUGACCUCCCGUACACGCAGGCCACAAAAACGUUUUUCUUUCCUCUCUUCAGGACGGCCACGUGGUCCGUUUUGGUGGUCUGGUGAAUGAAGCUGCUAAGAUUUAGCUUUUCUCUCUCCCUUUCUUUCGUUUGUUUUGAGAAACCUCUCGGCCUUCUCGUAUGUCUUGAGCCACUCACGAAGAAAGUAUGUUUUUUUUUUUUUUUAAUAGUUCUCUAGUGUAAAUAUCGAUUAGACUUUUUAACAGUGCAGAAUAUCAUUUAUUCUGAAAAUGAUGUUAUGAAGUGAAUUUGCUGAGCAGCCCGUCGGAUCAAGAUCAAUGAAAGUGAUUGCACAAGUAAACCUUAUUUAUUAAAUUAACAAGCUCAAAGAAGUUGAAGAAGUAGAAUGCUUUUCUUUUCCAAUAAAUUUGGUCAAAAUGAUGGAAUGUAUUUCAUGCC